AAAAAAAAAAAAAAAAACAAAGAGCCCCUCCAUCUUCGGCAGCUGUUGGAUAGCUCCAUCAACGGCGUCGUACUCCGAUACGGUGGCGCGGCACUGCAAUUUCCCGAGAUCCGAUCCAAAGGACCAGCAGACUAGGGUCGAGAUUCCCAAACUCAGGGAAUCGGUUUGCCAAUACUCUCCCACGUCCUGAUUCUUGCUUGAUAGCGCAGAUCAACUGCGGACGCCAAGUGAGAAAGAUGGCGCUUUGGCGUAGAUUCGUCAGCGCCAGAUUUGAUAGCUUCAUUUAUGGUCGCAAGAGAUGGUACUCCGUCCUUCCUGGCAGCGGAGCUCCAUCGGCCGGCGGCGUUGUUAGGUUUCGUGGAUUUAUGGUUAUGGAAGAACCCUUCCCUGGUGGCAGUCCAAUGUUUUGUUACACACACUUAAGAUAUUUCAUGGCUUCGGGACAGGCCAAGCCAAAACCGAAAGCAGAAGGAAAGGGAGGGGAUUGGCGAAAACCUAAAGUGGAAAAUGAUGGCGGGAUUCGGAUCAACGAAGCAAUCAAUGAUCGUGAAGUGCGUCUUGUGACUGAUCAAGGGCAUAGAGUUGUCUCAAUACAGGAAGCACUUUAUCUGGCAAGGAAGCUUGAUCUUGACCUGGUUGAGGUCCAAAGAAAAGUAAAGGUUGAAGGUGGGGCGCAGUCAGCUGUUUUCAAGCCAGCCGUUUGCAAGCUUAUGGACUACUGCAAGGAGAAGUAUAAACAAGAUAUGAAGGGAAAGGAGCGUGCAAAGAGCAAGGCUGCAAUUGCAUUGCGUAAUGGAGAGAACAAAGAGGUUCGCUUUAAAGCUAAAACUGAAUUAAAGGACCUGAAAAUCAAAGCAGAAUCAGUUAAGAGAUUGAUGGAGCGUGGUUAUCGGGUGAAGUGUACUGCCAUGCCCACAGGUAAAGAUGAUGGAGAUCUGGGAGGCCUGCUAUUGAAUCUUCUAUCACUGAUAGAAGACAUAUCAAUUGUUGAAAGUGGCCCACAUCUGGAUACCAAAAAUGCCUAUGUAAUUGUAAAACACAUUAAGUUUGGAUCUAAGAAAGGAAAGAAGGUCAGCAAAGCUGUGGAAACUGUUAGCAGUGUCCUAAGUACUCGUUCUGAUGCUGCAGCAGAUAACAAUAGUAAAGAUGAGGAUGAUUGCCAGACUGAAGAAGAAUGGGAGGCUGUUGAAUCUGAUUCUGAAACUGAAAUUGAUAACCCAUCUAAACAAUUUAAAACAAAUACCCCAAAUCUUUCUGGUUCGCGCCCCACCUUGCCACCGAAGGUGGUCGGCAAUGGCUUUGGUGCUGUUACGGAGUGGUCAGGUACCAAUACAACUGAUGAUAUCAAGGCUGAGAUUACUUUCAAUACUAAGCAUACAAGUUCAAGUGUUACUAUGUCUACUUCAGAUGAAAGUAUUAACACAGCAAGUAGAAGGAAUUCUGCUGGGUUUUAUCCCUCACAGACAGAGUCUUAUGUUACUGAGACUAACCGAUAUAGCAAAGGAAGUAAUUCAACAUUCCAUCAGAUUAGACCUACAAACCAAGAUCGUUUUUCUCCUGGGCAUGUAGCAACUGGAAAUCAACAGAGGAUUCCAGAACGAAGCAACAGACGCGAAGUCGAAAGAUGUGGUCCAUCAAAUCCAAAUAAUCGACCGGCAAAUGCAAAUUAUUAUCCGAAUUCGGUGUCUUCUGGCCAUGGUGUUUUCAGUGCCUCACAAAGUUCUGGUUCAAAUGACAGAAGAAAGGCUGGAGGUGCAACCAUGGGUAGUCCAAAUGCACCUAAUGUCCCUCAACAAAGCUAUGGAGUCUUCAGCUCUGCAAAAACCUCUUCACCUCUUGAUGUUAAGAACAUGAAAGAAAUAUCAAAGGAUAGAAUGAGCAAAUCUAAUUCUCCAACUACAUCAAAUUAUGGAAUCUUCAGUGUUCCCAAAACCAUUUCAUCUGAGGAUCAGAUGAAACAAAGGGUUUCAACUAGAGAUAAUUCCAUCAGAGUAGCUCCAGAUUAUGUUGAUAACGGCAAGUCUAGUAAUGCAGGCCCACCUUCACCUCGGUUUGGAAUUUUCACCUCUUCGAAAAAGAUACCUUCUGAUGAAGAUCGUGUGGGUGAUAAAAACUGACCGCCACCUGUUUCAGCUGGUUGUCAAAUAAUCUAACGGUCCUGAGUUUGAAAAUUCUGGGCAUGCAGGUUGUUAAUAGGAAAAACUAGGAGAUUCAUAUUUACAGCUGUUAAUUAUGAACUGUUAUUUUAUUUUAUUUUAUUUUUAUGCUUCAUUAUGAAGCAUGACAAUGAUUCAUCUGGGAUUUGUCUUGUUUAUCUGGGAAUUUAAGAUGAUUCAGAGCUUCUUUGGCAAUAAGGAUGUAAUAGAAAAUUACCUGGAUUGAUGUAACUAAACCUGGUGACAAUUUUGUAGUUUAAACAUAUUUGAAUAUGUAAUCUCAGACAACAAGAUUUACAAGAUUUUGUUUUGCAGCCAA